AUGGAGAUGGACGGAUUCUAUAGCCAGUCGUGGGAAGUUGUCUGGCAAAAAGAUACCUUUACAGGACCUGGAUCAUCUAUCAUCAACAUCAAUUAUGUUCCAAAUCUGGAUUUCGAUGAUAGUGUACCUCUUUCCGGCAACUUAACUGAUCCUUUGUUCAGCGACAUGAGCUCAAGCGAUCGUUAUUAUUUAUCAUACUUUGCGAAUGGCCUUUGUCCUCAGCUUGUAGCAAUAGACUUACCAGGCCACAAUCCAUUCCCGAGAUUGUUGCCUAUGGGAUACUGCAGCCCCGUCUUGCAGUACACGAUGAUCACAGCCGCAGCUCUACAUAUGUCCAAUGUUCUAAGACCAGAUACCGACAAGUCGCUGGUGACACCACACCACGCCAGUAACUGGGAUCCGUCUCGGAGAGCUAUGCUUGAUGCAUUGGCGGCCAAACAAAAGGCGCUGUAUCUUCUACGCAUGGCAUUCCAGGACCUGGAUAUCCAUGGACGUGAUAUGGUACUGACUGCUGCGAUGCUUCUUGUAACCGCCGACAUGAUCGACUCGGGAAAACAUGGCUCCAAGGCACAUCUCGACGGGAUCGGCUGGUUGUUAAGCUAUGCUCAGCCAGCUACCAGCGUGGGCGAGAUGCUCAAGGACUUUGUCAUAUCAGAUUGUUACAUCUUUUAUGUAUUCGCUUUGACAUUCAUGGACCAAAUUCCACAGUCCUCUCUUGCCCUCAACACUACGAUCGCGUCAUCUGCCAUUCACUAUGCCGCCCGGAACAGCUUUAUUUGCUGCCCUGCUGAGAUCCUCCAGAUUCUGUGGUCAACUGCAAUCAUCUUGCAGAAGCAGUCAACCAACAACGACGGUGCGGAUAGAAUGGCUGCGAAAGGCCUCGAACUAUUCAUGGGCGCCAUGACAUUCAACGUCGAAUCGUGGUCUCGGAAUAUCCAGCAAGUGCCUCUUGGUCGGCAGGUCACAGAUAUCUCAAGUCGGAUACACACUGGAUAUACACAUCAAAUGGCAUGCUGUCUAUACAUUAUAUACGCGAUUCCUUCGGUGAAGAGCUUUCUACCGGAAAAUACGGAGCAGGAUCUGGAACAAGGGCUUAUCUUUCAUCUCCGGCACAUAACUGAUAAGGACCCCAAUUUCAAGACAUCCUUUUGGCCAACGUUCAUCGCUGGAGCUCAAACAAGUGAUCCCAGUCAGCAAGCGUGGAUAAUGAAUAGAAUGAAAAGACAGUCGCGUUUGUUUCCAUGGGGCUUUUUGUAUACGGCGAUGGAAACGCUUGAGCUUAUCUGGAGGGAACGGGCCAAUGCUCCGGAUGGGCUGAACUGGCUGGAGAUUCUGAGAAGUCCCGAAGUAAGCUUUCUGAUAGUGUAG